CCACCGGACUGUGUUGGAAGCGAGGGGUUGGAACUGCAAACGUUGCCCUACUCGCCUGAUUCCAGGCUGCCGUAUGUCGCCGCUAUUUGUUAGGAAUAACGUUAUUGCUGCUGAGCAACUGAGACAAAUAGGAGACGUAGGGGGACACGUUGGGCUGGGCAACGAACAGUUUAUUAUUUGCUGCAUUGAAGAUUGGGGUCAAAUUGACAGCGAAAAGAAGAGUAAGGGAUGACGUAGGGACUGAGGCUGGAGGACAGAGCAGAGAUGAGCCUCACGUCCUGGUUCCUCGUGAGCAGCGGGGGGACGCGGCAUCGACUGCCCCGGGAGAUGAUCUUCGUGGGUCGUGAUGAUUGUGAGCUUAUGCUGCAGUCUCGCAGCGUAGACAAGCAGCAUGCUGUUAUCAACUAUGAAUCCAGCAGUGAUGAGCACAAAGUGAAGGAUUUGGGAAGCUUAAAUGGGACAUUUGUGAAUGAUGUCAGAAUCCAGGAACAGAUGUACAUCACUUUAAAGAUUGAUGACAAACUCAGGUUUGGAUAUGAUACCAACCUGUUUACUGUGGUGCGAGGAGAGCUACAUGUCCCAGAGGAGGCUCUGAAGCAUGAGAAGUUCACUAGCCAACUCCAGCUGGGCAAGAAGCCCACCAGUGCAGAGCCUGUAAAAGCCCCCAAGUCUUCCCCAGAAAAACCCAAAGCGAGCAAACCAGCAAAAAUCAAUCCUGAGCCAGCAGUUAAAUCCACAGAACCUAACAAAGGAGAUGAUAAGAUGCAAGGCGAUAUAGCUGCCCUGCAUAGGGGGACCCCACUGUAUGGACAGCCAUCUUGGUGGGGUGAUGGUGAUGCAGAUGAUGAGAAUUCUUUUAAACAGGAAAUUAAAACAUCUGGAAAGAAGCAGGAGAGCAGCGGGACAGACAACAAAGAACUCAAGCGAGGUGAUAAAUCAAAGGAAAAUGGUCUGGGGUCUGUAGGUGCUGAACCCAGCUACUUUGAGAUUCGCAAGGAGGGACAAAUGGCAGAGAACAGCAUCCAUGAGGUCCCGACAAAGGAUACUGAGUGCAUAGGGGCGGCAAAAUCUGCCACAGGCAAUACUGCAGCGCAGGCGAACACCUCAUUCACCAUCGAGUUUGACAACACUUCCCCAGGGAAGGUCACCAUUAAAGAUCAUGUGUCUCGUCCACGACCUAAAAAAUCAGCUCAUGUUGGCGGUAAAGACCUCAGCACCCUGCAGGCAGCCAUCAUGGCUUCUGAAAGCAAAGUGGCUGACUGGCUCGCUCAGAAUGAUCCUCCUCUAGUGAGGCGUGAGUCCACUGAAGAAGACUGUAAGAGUAUCAAGAGUGAUGUGCCGGUUCAUCUUAAGAGGCUUAAAGGCAGUAAGCAUGAGGACGGCACUCAAAGCGAUUCCGAAAAUGGCCUGGGAUUGCGUUUUGGCAGCAAGCGACACGCAGCGCUGGAGGAACGUCUGAGAGCCGCCGGGGUGAGUCGAGUCAGAACAGAGGGUUCGUCCACCACGAGCCGUACAGCCUUUAUGAUAGAGUUCUAUGACGAGGACAAUCCUCGCAAAAGACGUUCCUACUCGUUUUCGCAGACCGUGCCGCUUCUUGGAGGCGUGGCAGGGGAAGGACUUUGCCCCACGCCGCCCUCUCGUCCUAAGGUCGUUCCCAUGGCAGCAGACGGCAGCAAGGGUUUGUCACCAUCCCUGGCGGCGGCCGCCCCAACGGCUGCACGGCUUCUGCUCAAGCAAAGGUCGGAGGAACAAAAUGUGGUUCAGAGCUCUGCAGCUCAGCCCGGUGCUACAGAUACAAAAGCUCAGAAACAAGAUGAUGACCAGAGUGAUAAAGGCACAUACACCAUUGAACUGGAUAACCCCAACCCUGAGGAAGAGGAGGCACGGCGGAUGAUCGAUAAGGUGUUUGGGGUUCAGGAUCCUGGUCGCCCUGAGCAACAGAAGGACAGCAAGAAGCUUAGCUCAACCGAGAGACUGGUUGAGGACUCUGUUGCAGUGGGGAACACUCGCUGGGUUUCACAGUGGGCCAGUUUAGCUGCUAAUCAAACAAGAACAGACCCAGAGGGCUCUGGAGCAGACCCACCAGCGUUUGUCCAUCAGGAACGAGAUGGUGAUGCCCUUGAGUCAGUGGUUUCUAUCAAGAGUACUGGCUCGACCACAUCCAGCCAAGCUGACCGUAAAAGAAGGACUUUACCCCAGCUCCCCAAAGAUGAAAAAAUCAAACGUUCUGAGAUCGGUGAGAAACAAGACACAGAACCCCAAGAAAAAGAAAGCCACGGUGACCACAAAGGUGAUGGCGAGUGUCUCACCGCUUUGGACAAAAAAGACACAGGGUCUGGAAAGUCUAGCCAAACCAAGAGCUUCCAACAGGAUGGGAAGCAAGGACAACAGGCAUCCUCAAAGCCUUCCUCACAUCCACCGGGGAGUGGGGAGAGGAGAGGCGAGGAGGGCCGUAGGAGACGUUCAGAGGAUAAGAGUAAAGGAAGUGAUGGGGAGAGGUCAGGGAAGCCGCUGGUGAGGCAGGGCAGCUUUACCAUUGAGAAGCCCAGUGGAAACGUGCCAAUAGAACUGAUUCCUCAUAUCAACCGGCAGAACGGUGGGCGAGAGCGGAGCGAUUCGGUGGGCAGCAUGGACACGGCAACCCUUCUCAAAGACACUGAAGCUGUCAUGGCUUUUCUAGAGGCCAAGCUCCGCGAUGAGAAGAAGCUGGACUCGACAGGUCCACCUGGCUGUACCCCAUUGUCUCCAGAGUCUGAUAUUGACACGACGAGCACUGUGAGCCAGGCGGCAGCCGAGGGUGAUCGUAAAACUGUCCAGAAGCGAAAGUCUCUCAGCAGCCUUUACAGAGAAAAAAGCAACGCAAGCGCUACGGCGAAAGCCGCAAGCAGCGCGAGAGAACGUUUGGAGAAAAAGACUAAGACCAAAACCCCAGAAAGCCGCUCGGAUGCUCGUCGUUCAGUACAAACAGCCUCUCGUGGCCGCCAGCCAUCCCAGGAUCUCACGGAUGAUGACCAGACAUCCUCGUUAGCCAUCUCCGAUAUCCUGUCUUCGGACCAGGAGACGUAUUCCAGCCGUUCGUACGCCAAAGGUCAGUUCACUUCCACUGAUGACCUCUUCCACUCCAAGCUUGACGCUAGCAAAACCACAAAGUCUGUAAAGUCCAACAAGACACUGCAAACUAACACCUCAGCCCUCGCCAAGCAAGCCGGUCUGCCGCAGCCCCGACCUACAAGGACGUCCCUGUUGCGCAGGGCUCGGCUCGGGGACACUUCGGACACUGACCUAGCUGACGCAGACAGGGUUUCAGUGGCUUCUGAGGUGUCCACCACCAGCUCUACUUCCAAACCUCCAUCGGGGAGGAAGGCGCAGUCACGGUUUGACUUGCUAGCACAACCUCGACGCACCAGGCUUGGUUCGUUUUCAGCACGGAGCGAUUCGGAGGCGACCGUCAGCCGAUCCACGGCGACCCGUGUGUCAUCAGAGACAGCCCUUCGUCUGGGACUGAGGAGUCCAAAUCAGCAAGUCACAGACAACAAGCUAACUGCACGCAUGCGGGCCAAUAGUGUCUCCAAACUAACGGACACCAAGACUAAGACAGCGCCUGCAAACAACACCCCUGCUGAAACUCAACUCGAGCCUGAAAGUGUUCUCUCAGAGGAGGAUGCCAAUAACAGGUGGAGACGUCUACCACCAGAAUAUGCCUCUACCUCCGAGGAUGAGUUUGGCUCCAACCGCAACUCUCCCAAACACGUCAGGCUUCGGCCAGGCACGACCCUCCGCACCAGCAGACUGGGUGUCUCUGCUCCUCUCACGACCAGCCCUGGAGGAUUAUUGCUGAAGAACCGAAUGAGAGAACAGGAGGAGUACAUACGAGACUGGACAGCACACAGUGAAGAGAUUGCCAGGUUAUUUCCCUGUGUGCGUAGGAUCAGUCAGGACCUAGCCAAGGAUCUGGCCAUCCUGGCACGGGAGAUCCAUGACGUGGCAGGCGAGAUCGACUCGGUCAGCUCCUCCGGCACUGCCCCCAGCACCACGGUCAGCACAGCAGCCACCACGCCGGGCUCCGCCAUCGACACCAGGGAAGAGCUGGUAGAGAGAGUUUUUGAUGAAAGUCUGAACUUCAGGAAGGUUCCCCCUGUAGUGCAAACCAAAGCCACUGAGAUAAACGGCAAGCCAGUCGAGCUUCGGCCCCGUGCCCCAGACAGCCUGGACCCUCAGACUGCCCUGCGCAGACGCACCUGGAACCGGGAUGAGGUGAGACCGGCGGUCUUAGACAGUUUAUUGCUGACAUCGGUUUCCCAACUGUCUUCAAAAAUCCGACAGUCUGUAGAUAAUACUGCUGGCAAAAUCAGGAUACUGUUCAAAGAUAAGGACAGAAACUGGGAUGAUAUCGAGCGUAAACUGUGUUUAGAAAAGGAAGUUUCACUUCCCAAAACUACAAACAAGGAAAUAUCCUCUAUACUAACAGAGCUCAAGAGGGUAGAAAAGCAGCUUGCGGUUAUAAAUGUGAUGGUGGACCCUGAUGGAACCCUUGAUGCUCUGACCAACCUCGGCUUGACAAGUCCUACAACCCCCAAACCCAGAACCAGCCCCGUCUCUCAGGGCAAAUGGGGACCUCUGCCCACUAAUGGAGCCUCCCAAGCAACAAUGACCAUAACCAGCCCCAACCUAGAGUUACCCAGUGUGGGACUCAAUUUUAACCGCACACACCCCACUGGAGAGGAGAGUGCCAUCGCUAGCAAAUGAUCGCUUGCAAUUAAAAGCAAACUGGACUAAUAAAACUACAUACGUAACUUGUUCCUGAAUGGAUCUUCAAUGUUUGUGUACUGUUUAAUGUAUCCCUAUGAAGCCUUUCGAGGAUUAUGUAUGGGGAAUGUUUGUUGUUUCCACCCUGUAGUGUGUAGCCUUUAGGAUCAGACCUGCGUAUCUGGACUGACUACUUGGCGUAGCUAAGCAAAAAAAAAAAAAAAAAAAAAAAACACCAAAACACACACAGCUGCAUGUGACAGCAGGCAAGCGGCCAUCCAAGGGCCAAUAAACUGCCAGACUGAUCUCUUGUGACCGGAUACAACGCAACUCCAGUGCCUGUCUGCUCUUCCCUGAGCUUUACUUUCACUUAAUAACUUACAAUACGGUUUAUCAAAUAUAACAGAAUAUCUUUGAAGGACUGUAACUUUUUAGGCAGUACAUUUUGUGCAUUUACAAUUUGGGAAAUGUUAUUUUUGAGAAACCUAAAUACUAUUUGAUGCAAAUUGAACCAAACUCCACGCAGACCGAUGCACUAAUGGUUCGGUAAACCGCACCCUGAUAAAAUCUUGAUCAUCCAUGCUUUGAUCAGCACUGUUGAGAGCUGAAUCAGCCUUAUGACUGUACUGUAAGCGAUGUGUGUACUAAGUUUCUCCGGCAUAUCCUGCAUAAUGUAGACAUACUAUGGAUGACUUCAUGGCGCUGCGAUACAUACUACAUGUAGCCUUCUUUUCAUAAAAACAUGUUUCAUCUUUUUGUGUGUUUAUUGUAUACACACAUUUCUUCUGCUGCUUUUCUGUAUUUUAAGGGGGGAUAAAAGUAAACCUGAACCACAUA